AUGUCCCUACCCAGUGACUCGGGCUAUGGCAGCUCGAGUCUACAAGGAAGAAGAGCAAAGCCCACCCAACUGCAGGAUACCUACCAGCAUCAUCGCUCCAUCGACCCAUAUAACCACGGUGUGCCCGGCCAAUUCUCAGCGUAUAGAGAUGAUGCCCAAUCCUCCGUGUCUGGCUUGAACACCAUGCCUGAGGAGGACGAUCUCCUCCUCCUCAUGAUGACCCAUACCGAGGAAGACGCUAUUGAUCCAACCACGCUGGAUUCCACUUCUCAACUCAUGUACACGACUGGUGGCAUGGAGCUGGACUCUAGUACGCCUCAGUUACGUCGCAGCAAUGCCCUCGAGUUAUCGCAGAAUCAUACUUCAACCUCUUUUAACCUACAGAUGGGACGUUUGGCUGAUCUCGAUUUCGCCAAUUUUGCUUGCGGAGAUACCACUAUGAAAUGGUCACAGCCUUUGCAGCCGCAGUCCCAGCUUAUUCCCAGUAGGAAACGUGCACGUACUGAUGCCGACGCCCAAGCAGCAUCUCACGAGCACAUCCCGCCGGUGUCGCCUUAUGGCUCGUGUCAAAGCCAAUCAGCACAAUCUACCUGGGUUUCGCGCCCUUCUCGGUCAACCCCUUUCCAGACCUCUCAGGCCUCGAUCUACCCACAGCCUGACAAGUCUAAUCACAGACAACAGUCGUCAUACUUUGACCAACAGUCCACGGUCAUUCCAGCCCUUCAGGGUCUGCAACCUCCUUCGUCCAAAGGUCAUAACAAAGCGAAGACAUCUCGUAAAGAAGCCACUCACGGAUGCAGCCUCUGCCCACCAGGAAAAGUUUUCAGAACUAUCAACGAUCUCGAUCGGCACUGCAAGACCUUUCAUGGCAUGUUGAAAAAAGGCGACAAAAUCUUUCGAUGCAAGGUUCCUGGUUGUAAAGAACCGAACAAGGUUUGGGCAAGAUUCGACAACUUCAAACAGCACGUAACACGCAUGCAUGGUACGGAGUAUGAAUCACGCAUCGAAGAAAUGGAAGAACAGUACGACAUCGACGUGCAUGGCCCAGUCGAGCCUAGUAAGAGUAGGAAGAGCUCUCAGAACACAUCUGUGCAAGCAACCCAGCAUUUGACCGACCAAGCAGUCGGUGGCUUGGCACUACAACACCGUGACCUUCCCAAUAUAGGGACUUCGAGUGGCUUUGUGUCAUCUAAUGGCACACUGAUGAGCACUGAUACAUCCGUGGACAAUCGAGGUUCAUUUUCACUCAGAGCUUCUUCCUUCAACGGCUCCAACAAUUCAUUGAAUGUACUGAGAAUGCCGUCGGGAAGCCCUCGCAAGCCGCAGCCCCACAGUGUUGCAAACCCAGAAACGUGUAGUCGCCAGCGAGAAGAGCUUCAAGAACAGAAUAUGAACUUCGAGGCAUCUGCUGUCGAGCCACAUACCGCCGUCCUACGUUUCAUGGAUCAAGGCGCUCAGCCACUUAAGACUAAUGUCUGGACGGCACAGACACUUUAUGAUGACCAAAGCACAACCAGGCACCCUACACUGAACCUCGAUUUAGCUCACGAAGAGAUACCGCAGCGUUUCAGCGCGCUUCUGGAGUGCGUCCGUAACCUCUCGGCGGACGAACGACAACACUUUCAGCAAUUCUUGAGACUCUCAGUGCCUGGCGCAUCUCAAUCAGGGUCAGCUAAGUCAAACAAGUCUUCGCGAUCCUCAACGGCUGACGGUGACAAGUCCUUGAAGUGCAACAAAGAAGGUUGUAAGAAACUGUUUAGUAAGCAGAGUGACCUCCACAAACAUCAGAAACGACACGACAAAAAAUAUGGAUGUACUUUUGAUAAUUGCUACAAGCGAUUUGGUACUAAAUGGGAGUGGAAACGACACGAGUAUGGGCAACAUGUUCAAUUCGAGGAAUGGCGCUGCCAGUAUCCAAAAUUUUCAGGUGACAAGCUAUGUGCGACCCACUUCGACGAUAAGGAAAAAUUCAUUGCUCACCUUAAGGCUGAACACAAGAUGACUGCUCCUGAGGCCGGGAAAAAUUCGAACGAAUGUCGCCUAGCAAAGAGGUGGCUGGAAUCGUACUGGUGUGGUUUUUGCAACAAGAUAAUUCGAUCUGAAACGAACUUUGGUGCACAGAUGGACGAAGAGAGGUACAAUCAUAUUGCCAACCACAUCGACACCACUAACAGCGCCAAACACGAAAUGGAUGCUUGGAUUGAGCUCAGAGGUGGAGGAAAGAGCAAGGAGGAGCUCUACGAAAAGUACAAGGAGGAAAAGGAGAAGCAGGCACUAAAGAGCAAAGCUAAUUCUGAGAGCAUCGAAACUCAAGCUCAGCAACCAACAGAAGAAGAGGAUGCACCGGCUGAGGACGACGACUUAUCAUUUGGUGCAGGGAACAUACUUGCAAUGGAAGAUGACGACCAUGCGUUCUUCCGUCGUCCUGAUAGCUCUUCAGCUGCUCCCAGGCGGCGGUCAUCUACUGUGACGAAUAUUCCUGGAAUCAUGGUGUCCGCUGCUGAGGAACCAUAUGCAGAGAUGGAAAUGGCCCGUGCCUACCCUGAACAGCAGCCUCAACCCUUAUCAGAUUUGAGACACCAUAUGCACAUGCACCAGAUGGAUUCAAACCGGAUCUGCUGCCAUUGUAAACAACCUGACGCGCCGAACCGGGACUUAUCGCAAUGUACAAAUUGUACCCACAUAUUCUGCUCUGGUUGUCAAUUAGAGCCUUUCUUGCAUCCUGGUUCGCAGAUACAGGACUCACACUUUGAAGACAUGUUACUAAGCCUUAGUGGCCAGUAUUAG